CUAAAAAUGAAGAAAUAAUCUGUUUCAGGGUGUCGAGAAAUCAUCAUCAUUUGCUUCAGGGUUCAAGAGAAGGUGGAUCACAGUAAGUACAAGAAACAUGGGUGUGGGGGAGGAUAGGAUCAGUGAGUUGUACGAUCCGCUGAUUUACCUUAUUUUCUCAUUCCUUCCGGUUAAAUGUGUAGUUGCUACAAGUGUGUUAUCUAAAAGAUGGAAAGACUUAUGGAUAUCCAAUCCUAUUAUUGAUAUUCGCAAAUGGCGUCGGAGAGUUAAAACUAGUAAUAAGAGAAUGCUUGAGAAUGUUCGAUAUCAAGAGACUUAUAAGCUGGGGAAUUUUCUGGAUAGAAUGCUAGUACCAUCUAAUGAUAUGCUUUCUAUUAAGAAAUUUUGUCUCAAGUAUGGAGUGUAUUAUGAGUCAGAGGAUAGUCUGUUAGAUAAUAAUAGAAUUUAUGGAUGGAUUUCUACUCUAAUAAUGCGCAGAGUGGAAGAACUGAGUCUCUGCUUAACGAAAAACUUUCUGUUACCGCCAUGUUUAUUUACCAGUGAAACCUUGAUUAUGUUGGAGAUAGAGAUGGCUGGGGAUCUUUCAACUAAAAUCAAAAAGACAGGGACUCUUGGUUUUCCUCAAGCAAUUUCUUUUCGGAGGCUCAAGAUUCUUCACCUUAAGCAUAUGGUAUUUGUGGAUGAGGGUUCGAGUGCACAAUUAUUUUCAAGUUGCCCUGUCCUCGAAGAAUUGAUGUUAACCGAUUGUUACAUGAUGAAAAAGAAGGUUUUGCAUAUUUCAGUUGCUUCAUUGAAGCGGUUAUUCAUUACUAACUCCAAGAAAUAUAGUUUUAAGAUCAAGAUAUAUUCACCAAAUCUACAGUCUCUAACAUACGUCGGCAUACCAGAAGAUUAUGUUCUAAUGGAUCAUGGCUUUGCAUCCCUAGUCGAUGCAGACAUUAACAUUGCUUUUGAAAUUCUAAAUGGAAAAAUAGGAAAACAGGCAAGGAAAUGUGGUCUAAGAAACCUUCUAGGAGGGAUUUCAAAAGCAAAGCUUCUGAAAAUUUCAGGCAGCACCCUCGAGUCUCUCUUUUAUGAUGGUUUCUUCGCUUCACGAUUGCCUACCUUUCAUAAUUUGAGACGAUUAGAAGUAAGUUCGAAAAGGACUUGUGUAACUGUUACAACUUUGGUUUAUCUUCUUUCGACCUUGCCUAAUCUGGAAUCGAUUGUCAUUGCUCAGGGCUUUUCUCAAUUCAAUCAAGUCAAUGACUUCGGAAGACAAAAGGUGCCAGAGUGUUUGUUGCUACAUUUGAAAGCAGUCGAAGUGCGGGAAUUUAAUGGGUCGAAAGAGGAGCUGAAUGUAAUAAGUUUCUUCCUGAAGGAGUCACUUAUUCUGCGGACAAUGGAUAUAGUAUUUUCUUCAACUUUCCCACAAAGCUGGAAGGACUUUUCAACUUUGCCACAAGGAUGGAUGAAUUCUCCAGCUAUCCCGCAAGAAUGGAAGGAUUAUUCAGCUUGGCCGCAAGAAUGGAAGGACGAAUUUAGGCAAUGGUUGCUGAAAAUCAUGAAGGACCACCUUAUGCAACAGAUACUGAUGUUUCCCAAAGGCUCUACAGACUGUGCGAUCAAUUUCUCAUCGUAAAACAUUCAGGAAAUUUUCUGUUUUUUAUUUUUGGUUCAAUUGUUUAGGAUUGUUAAUGUCAUCUGCAAAUUUGAAGAUCUUUUGUUUAUUCAUUGCUCUAGAGUCUAGACGCAUUUUUGGUUCAUACUUUUUA